GUUCUUCUCGUCGACGACGACGAUGACGACGACAACACGUCGACGUUGGCGUCGACUCGCGGCCGGUCACCUCUCUUCGCCAGUCUACGCCGAGACGUCGGCUGCUUCGACUCGACUCCGCUUCGCGUUCCGCUCCAUUCCUACCUCUUUAUCGUUCUAUUCUAUCAUUCCGUGCCGUUCGAAAACAUUAGUCGUCGUUGUCGUCCAGUUGUAGCAAGCAAGUAAGGUGUGCGCGAGGUGAACGGCGAACGGCGAACGAAAAGAAAAGAAAAGAAAAGAAAAGAAAAGAAGAAAAAGAGACGCGCUGGAGAACCGGUUGCGUUGAGAAGGUCAGUUACUGGAUCGGUGUCACCUGGACCGUUCCCUCUCCAUCGUGUUACGCUAAUGGCUUCGAAAGAAGCCCACGAAGGAUAAACUUUACGCUAGAGACUGGCCAGCUGGAUGAAUCUGGCGUUGGAAAGGCCAAGGUUGCAAGCCUCGCGUGGUCUUUGUUUUACGGAGCAAAGAGGAAACGGAGUGUAUCUGGCACGUGGGUGAGCACGGAACAGUUCUUGUGCUUGGUUCACCGAAAGAUCGAAGGGAAAGUGAGAAAGGGUUGGAAAGGUGAGUGCAACGCUGCCAGCAGAAGGUAAUGCGCCUGAUGACCGGAAGUGAGAAGCCUCCGGCGGUGUUUUCUUUGUUCGUUGGUUGUCGGUGUUGCCGAUCGACCGGUUGGAGGCACGUAACUCUCAGGGUCCCGGAAGAACAGAAGCGACAAGGGUAGAGGCGGAAAAGGGAAACGGGACCGGGACCGGGAUCGGCAACGGCCUGCAGGGAGCGCCUCGUGCAGCACGGCGCUCUUCUAACGGCGAUAGGAAGGAGUUAUGGUGUCUCGCAAAUGCGAUGACUGCGGCCGCAGCCGUGGCACUGUGGCAUCGUGCCCACUUUUACAAGGCGAUCGUCUGCGUCGUCCUCGCCCUGAUUGCCAUUCAGUAUUUACUUAGCGGCGUGAUCGAUCGCCGAUCAAUCGAAACCAUUUUCACCAUUAACGCUUCCAGAUACGCGGAUCGUACGUACAGGCAUCAUCCCCGAGGGCUGAUCAUUUACGGUCCCGUCACGGUCUCGAGCAUACUCGGUCCAAGCAAUGACACCGCCGCCACUCUUCUAUGGGCUGGCAAGGCUAAUUCCAAUAACGUCUCAAAAUUGGAAAGCAGUGUUUCCACUCGAAACGCGUAUAAUAUCGUUGGAAACUUGCUGGAAUCCUCGACCGCGAAUGCGAAUUCAACGAACGGCACCGCGGUACCACGAUGCCCGCUUAUUCCUCCAAAUCUGGUUGGACCACUGGCGGUUAGUAAGUCGCCACCAGAAAUGUCGGUGAUGGAAAAAACGUUGACCGACGUGAAACCAGGCGGCAGAGGUUACCCAACCGAUUGUCUCGCAAGAUAUCGCGUUGCUAUUAUCAUUCCGUUUAGAGAUCGACCGCAACAUCUUCAGACGUUGCUUUACAACCUCCACCCGAUGUUGCUACGUCAACAGAUCGACUACCAAAUAUUUAUAGUCGAACAAAAAGGCAGCGAACCCUUUAAUCGCGCGAUGUUGAUGAAUGUAGGAUACGUGGAAGCCUUGAAGGAACGGCCUUUCGACUGCUUCAUUUUUCACGAUGUUGACCUACUUCCGGAAGACGAUAGAAAUCUGUACACGUGUCCCGAGCAACCGAGACACAUGUCGGUUGCAGUGGACAAGUUCAAAUACAGGUUACCGUACGCCGAUUUGUUCGGUGGCGUGUCAGCGAUGUCACGCGAACACUUUCGUCUAGUGAACGGAUUCAGCAACGUGUUCUGGGGUUGGGGUGGCGAGGACGACGACAUGGCGAACCGUAUCAAAGCGCACGGACUUCAUAUAUCUCGGUAUCCUGCUAACGUGGCGCGUUACAAGAUGCUUACGCACAAGAAGGAAAAGGCUAAUCCAAAGAGGUACGAGUACCUAAAGACAGGAAAGAAGAGAUUCACCACGGAUGGAUUGAGCAAUCUGCAAUACGAAUUGGUAGACAAGCAAAAGCCAAAAUUGUACACCUGGUUGCUGGUGAAGCUAACGCCUCCUCAGCCCAGCUGAUGGCUAUCCUGGAUCGGAUAACGACACGGAGAAGUCGAUCAUCCGAUCGACACAGUUUCCGCUCCAAAAACCGAACGGUGGAUCGAUUCGUUUGCACGAACUACCAUCAUAGCGUAGCGAUGCAAUUAAUUACGUUCCACCGACGCCCUUUCAAAACUAUAACUUACACCUUUCCAUCUAGGUUCUCGAACAAACGCGUAGAACGUCGGAAAAAAAUGAAGAAAGCGUCGACGUUUUGAAAAUAUCGACGAAUUGUUUCUCUGAAGAUGAUCGCGGACGGUAGCGAUCGAGAGAAACGUUGUUACGUGAUAUAUUUUUAUUCCUUGUAUUUUUUUAUCGCAAUGAUAGGCUAGAGAGAGCAGAUAGAACGUAGCGUACGAGCUGACGUGCCAAAGGUGAAUGCGUGUGCGUGUACAGGCGCGUGAAAAAUAAACGGAGCGGAGAAAAGGGGACCCUUUUCCUCUGUCCAUCCACCGCGAUACGUGCACGUAGACGCGCGUACACGUACGUAAGUAUGUAUAUAUAAUUGAUAAAAAGUUGGAGGUUUCCUCUCCAUCGCGAAUCUCCGCUUCAAACGUGUCCGAAUCGGACAGGGAUAUCCUUUCGGUUUGUGGUUAUUUCGUCGUGAUAGAAUCGAAUCGAACUCGCAAAUCAUACUCGACGAGAUAAAGCUUAUUUUUGUAAGGCGUCUGUCUGGUUAAUUGUGCGGUAAAAAGGUUUAUUUCUGUAGCGAAGGGUUGCGCAAUUGUUGUAGACGGUCGUGUAUAUACAUAUGUAUGUACAACGGAAACGGUACUUAAGCGUGUAACGUGAACACUAAUGUCGGAAGCCUGGGUAUUCGAGAACACUUGUUGUUAGCAUUUUAUACGCAUUUCCUUGAAACGUGACACAUACGUGCACACACAGUUUGUACAACUGGCCAAAGGUAUUCGCGCGAGCUCGCAAGUCGGUUCAACGCCUGACCCCCUCUCGCUUGUUAACGUUUCGCUAGUCCGUAGCGUCGAGGGGAUCUAUCCAGCUUUGAAAGUUACAAGACUGCAUCUUCCAGCUCGAGCGCACCAGAAUAAUUUCCAAGCAUCAAACGAACGAAAAGAAAAGAUCUUCGAUCGAGUCGAGACACGCAAACAUAUCAUGACGUGGUCGCGUCGCGCCGCACCGCCUUCGAUCGUUCGGAAUCGAUACUUAAAUCGUUAAGGGUGAGAGAGUACGGGCUGUGAAUAAAUACAGAUAGAAGCGUUCCUACCGAUCAGAAUUCUACGCACCGUCACUCCAUAAAAGAAUUCGCGACGAUAGCGAUACGCGAAGAGAAAAAGAAAUCUAUCGAGGCGGCGAAAUCUAUCACGCAAACGCAGCAAUUUCGUUUACUCUAAGAAUACACACACACACACUCUGUACCAUAUACUACGAAUAUCGAAUAAUCGAUAAUAUCUUAGGCCAUUAAUGUAACGUAAGCGCGAGCGAGAAGUCUGGAGUAAAGUUGGAUCUGUGACUGUGACUGUGACUGUUCCUCGGUAUAGCCUUUAAGUUUAAUUCGAAUCUCGAGACGCGUCGUAAACACGUUUGCUUUGGGUAGAUUCUAUCGAUUCUAUCUUGAUUAGUUAUUUUCUUGAUGCAACGAAGAAGCAAAAUGGGGCGUAUAGCAGUCGUAAACGUUCCAUGGAAAAGAAAGUAAAACGCGUAGCGUGUUUCGUUCGAUAUCGAACGAAAAGUAUGCGAUAAAAGACAUCUUCGCGAUUUACCCAGAACGUUAGAAUUUUUUCACAAGUUACACUGGUGAUGUAUCGAAACAAUAAACUCUGUUAAAACUCGUA